AUAGCAACUCUGGUGUAUUUUUACUGCGUAUUUGCAAUUGCAGUCUUUUCGUAUGGCUUAUACGGUUUGCACCAGGACAAAGUACGAAUUCUUCGUUGGUAUACAAUGAUGUUUUGGCUGGACUGUGUUGUGAGUUUGUUCUCAACAAUUUGGUUUGGAGUGACAUGGUUUGUUUAUACAGAUCAUAGUUUAUCCGAUUCAUCGGCAAAAGACCCGGAAGCCUUAGCUGAGCAUGAACGUUUGUUUAAAAUGGAAAGUCAAGUCAGCAUUGCCGUUUUGGUUUUAUUAAGAUUAAUUCAUUUCUAUUUUGCGAUCAUUGUCACUCGAUAUUACAAGGCAGUAAAUAGCAAACUCAGCUACUCAAGAGUUGCAUCUGACAAUAUUGACUUGGAAGAAACAACUAAUGGUAGAGAUGCAAGUCCUAAACCGGCUCAAGAUUAGUAAACUCAUAAAAAAGACCUCACGCUCAUAUACUUAAUAUAUAAACAAGCAUUUAACCGUACAUAUUAAUUAAAAAAAGAAUGGCAUUUGGACCAGUUUGGAUAGGAAAUGGUAUUUGGGUAUGCUCAUAGCACAAUGCAUGAGGAGGUACCGUGCAAUACAUUGAGGCGGAGUUUUGAAACGGUUCUUUGCACGCAAUAAAAUACGGGCGUUAUAACUUCCAGAGGAACAAUGAAUAUACUUUCUUUAUUUUUUUCAUAGCAC